AUGAGGGAUGUUAAUCAUUUACUCUUGCUUCUUUUCUUGUUACUCCACCCAAGUAGUCUUGCUUCAUCUUUGUCUACAACUCCCAAAGCUACCCACCACCAUUGCCUUUAUCACCAGAGAUCUUCCUUGCUACAACUGCAAGAAAACCUUCUUGAAUACUCCUUUACUACACAUUCCUAUUCAAAAGCUGACUUGUGGGACCUGAAAACAGAUUGUUGCUCUUGGCUCGGGGUUGCAUGUAAUGGUGAUGGUCUUGUGACUCAACUUUACUUGAGUGGUCCUGAUUGUCCAAUGCUUAAACUUGAAAACCCAAUCCUUGAAUUGGUUUUCCAGAAUUUGAGUUUUUUAGUCCAGAUCAUUCUAGCUGAUGUAGACCUCUCAGCACAAAGUAGCAGCUGGUGUGAAGCCAUCUCUCCUUUACUUCCCAACCUUAGAGUCCUGACUCUGAAUAAUUGUGCUCUUUCUGGUCCUAUUUGUUCUUCACUAUUCAUUCUUCCUUCCUUAGAGCUACUGGAGUAUUGGGAGAGGCUAACACUGGACUGGGCCUUAGCUGAGGAUUUCUUUGUUGGUUGCUCUGGUCUGGACUUGAUCUUGAAAAACUGGGCUUGGCUGGGGAGAAUUGAAGUUUUGGAAGGUGAUGAUGCCUCUUUUGAACAACUUGUGGAAGCUAUAAGAGAAGCUGCCGAUUGGGAUGAAACAAAGACGGAAAAUUUGCUCACGGAAAAAGUUUUGACAUAA